CACUACACUAGUAACCGGAAGAGUCAGAGCGCAAAGGAGAAAGUCAACUAAUCCAGAUUAAAUUUGAAUGUAAAGACGUUUUAGUGGAAAAUAUUUAAAACGUUAUCUUAUAUGUGUUUUGGGCACACUAUCCAGUCACCUUCCUCGCUAAAUGCUGUAAAUUCCGUCAUUUUAGCUUGCUGCAGUGCGACGCCAAAGUUAGCUCGACUAGCUUAAGUUGCUCAUUUUAAAUGUUUUAAGGUGUUUUUCUCCAGCACAAAUGUCUCGCUUAGAAAAGCCAGGCGGUAGAAGAACGACGCAAAGACCCAAGUUGGACUGGAGGUUCGUGCAGAGGUUCUGCAGCAUCCAGAAGGUUCUUUUCCCUUCAUGGAGCAACCCGAGUGUCCUCAUGUUUGGGACAUUGCUUGGAGUCACUUUAGCUGAGCAGCUGAUCAUUUACCAAGUGGGUGUCCUUCCAAGUCGCUUCUACAAUGUACUUGCUGACAAGGACAGCAAAGGCUUCAAGAGCCUGCUGCUCACCGCAAUGGUGGUCAUUGUUCUCAACUCCUUCUUGAAAAGCUUGGACCAGUACAUUUCCAACCUGAUGUACGUCAGUUGGAGGAGGACGCUAACGGAGAACCUCCACACGGCGUACUUCCAGGGACGAGUCUACUACACCCUUAACGUGCUGCGAGAGGGCAUAGACAAUCCUGACCAGAGGAUCAGUCAAGAUGCAGAGAGGCUGUGCAAGCAGAUGAGUACCAUGGCCAGUCGACUGCUUGUGUCACCCUUCACGCUGACUUACUACACCUACCAAUGUUUCUAUAGCACAGGUUGGAUGGGCCCAGUGAGUAUCUUCUGCUACUUUGUGUUGGGGACAGUGGCCAACAAGAUUCUCAUGGGGCCCAUUGUGUCCACGCUCUGUGAACAAGAAAAACUGGAGGGAGACUUCAGAUUCAAGCACAUGCAGAUCCGAGUCAACGCAGAGUCGGCAGCUUUUUACAGAGCUGGUAAAGUAGAGCACAUGAGGACCAACAGACGUCUGCAGUCACUGCUGCAAACUCAGCAAAGUCUAAUAAACAAAGAGCUGUGGCUUUACAUUGGGGUGAAUACCUUCGACUACCUCGGCGGCUUCCUCAGCUACAUCAUCAUCGCCAUUCCCAUUUUCGGUGGGAACUAUGACAGCCUGACGCCUGGAGAGCUGAGCGCACUUAUCAGCAGGAACGCCUUUGUGUGCAUCUACUUGAUAAAUGGCUUCACGCAGCUAAUAGACCUGUCCACCACGCUGUCAGAUGUAGCAGGCUACACCCACAGGAUCGGAGAGCUGAGAGAGGUGAUGGAUGACAUCCUGCGCGAGCAGUGCAACUAUGACCCGGCGUCGGGGGAAAGCUAUGACUUUGACAGUGACUUCAACGUCCACGGGGGCCCUGUGGACACGGCCUUCAUCCUCGACCACCUCUCUUUCAAGUCCCCGUAUUCAGACCAGCAGUUAGUGGAGGAUCUGAGCCUAACUAUUGGUGAGGGAACACACCUGCUCGUGGUGGGUAACACCGGGACCGGCAAGACAUCCCUUCUCAGGGUCCUCAACAGACUUUGGGAGGCACAGAGCGGUUUUGUCCAAAUGACGACGUGCUUCGGACCCAGAGGAACCCUCUUCCUGCCCCAGAAACCUUACCUCACUGACGGCACUCUGCGUGAACAGGUCAUCUACCCUUUGAAGGAUAUUUACCCUGCAUCAGGAUGUGUGGAUGAUGACAGAAUCAGCAAGUUCCUAGAGCUGGCAGGGGUGUCCAGUUUGAUGAAGCGAGCGGGUGGUUUGGAUGAGCCAGUGGACUGGAACUGGUACGACGCCCUGUCUCCAGGUGAAAUGCAGCGCCUUUGCUUCGCUCGACUCUUCUACCUGCAACCCAAAUACGCAGUGUUGGACGAAGCCACGAGUGCAUUGACUGAGGAGGCGGAGUCUCAGCUGUAUCGCACCUGCAAGCAGCUGGGCAUGACGCUCAUUAGCGUGGGACAUCGCAGCAGUCUGGAGAAGCACCACGACGUCCAGUUAAAACUAUGCGGCAAUGGCCGUUGGGAGUUGAGCAAAAUAAAAAGAGCCAACGGGAGUCUCCGAGAGGACAUUUUGUGAUCUUGGCAUCCGUCGUUGGGUUUUGAGGCGAGGACAAGGAGAAGCAGUCUUCAGUCCUUCAUGCUGGAUUCAUUCAUUUGUUAAGUUGGUUAGCAGAAUAACACUGCUUGGUUGUCUAACAUUGGUGCAGAUCAGGAUAAAGAUGUAGAUCACAGGUGUCAAUCUCUGACCGCCACAUUAAGUUGUGUGGCCCCCGAAAGCGAGGAAAAAAUGUGUAAAUAAAGUACCUUUUCUUUUCUUAAUAAAUGUAUUACAAAAAUAAAAGUACUACGUACAAUUAUGUAUAGUUACCCUUGAAUAAUCUCUUAUAAUAAAACAAAAUAUAUCAUCAUACAUUUCAAAACAAUGUCAUUGUUCAAAUAAAGAUAAAUACGUAAAUAUCUUCUUGAUUUAUGAUUUCAAAGCAAGUAAUCCAACAAACUUCAUGUAAAAAUUUUUCCGUAAACAUUUUUUCUACAGUAAAACCCAUUUUCAAUAUAGAGUAAUAAUACACUAUAAAACAUAACUGUAGAUUUUACAGUAUAAAAAAAACUUACAUACAUGUUUACAUUAAGAAAAAACAGUGGUACCAUUUCUCCAUUCCAUUUAAUUUGAUUCUAUGUAUUUUAUUUUAUAUGCUGUACACAAAAAAACAACAACCUGCAAAUAUUACGGUAAAAUUGUGGUGACAAAGCUGCCAGUUUUAUACAGUACAAUCUAAAGAUUUGGUUUUGUAAUAAGUAAAAAAGACAGACAAUUAUACAUGUUAUAUAUAUAUAUAUACACAUAUUCAUAUAUACACACACACACUAAAAUCGGCCCUCUGAGAGCAACCAUAACUGCGAUGGGGCCCUCAAUGAAAACCAGUUUGACACUCCUGGUGUAGAUUGAGGAAGUUUUACUUUUUUGUCACUUUGAUUAUUGCACAUUUUUUGUGGGAGGUUUGUGCUAAAUUAAAUGCGAUAGUGCUAAGCAGUGACUUUACCGAUUGUAUAAGUCAGUAUAAGUCCUUUUUAAAAUAGUUUUUGAUAUUUUGGAUGUCAUCAUGGUUGUUUAGCACGAAGGUCAUUGUGACCUCGGAUGAUCUCCUGAACAACUGCGGGGUCGUCCAGCGUGCUGAGGUCACCAAGCCCGCUGAGGUCACACUCCACCACUUUACGCAGCACCCGCCGCAUUAUCUUUCCCGAACGUGUCUUUGGGAGACGCUGGACAAACUGGCAGGCGUACUUGGCGAUCUUGUUCGAGACUGUGUGGUUGAUCUUUGACGUCAAGUCCACAUCUUGGACGUCCUGCUUUAGGACCACAAAUGCGUAGACUCCUGCAGGGAGGAGUAAGUGAGUGUCGCCAUGCAUGCAGGUAAGAAUUCAGUCACUCACCUUGUCCUUUGAUGUGAUGUGAGCAGCCGAUGACCGCUGACUCAGCUACUGCAGGACAUUGGUUCUAUGACAGCAGACCAUAACAUUAACAUACGUGGAGUGUUUUGAGAUAAGAGCUGUCUUUCUGUUGAUUGUUAUGCUUUAAAUUGCAAGAAAAAAAAGUUACAACCCUCCCCACCAGUAGUUGAUGUAGCAAAUGUCACAGUGAGCCCUAUAAAAUCUGACCAAAACAUCUAGUCUUACUCACUAACAUUAGCUUAAAGCUAGAGAUGGACAUAACAUUGUGUUUCCAACCAUUGGAAAAAAAGAAGUGAGCGUGAAGGACAGUAAAGUGUUUGAUCCAUACAUCCAUCCAUUUCCUACCGCUUAUUCCCUUUUGGGGUUGCGGGGGGGCGCUGGUGCCUAACUCAGCUACAAUCGGGCGGAAGUCGAGGUACACCCUGGACAAGUCGCCACCUCAUCGCAGGGCCAACACAGAUAGACAGACAACAUUCACACUCACAUUCACACACUGGGGCGCAAUUUUAGUGUUGCCAAUCAACCUAUCCCCAGGUGCAUGUCUUUGGAAGUGGGAGGGAACCCACGCAUUCACGGGGAGGACAUGCAAACUCCACACAGAAAGAUCCCAAGCCUUGGAUUGAACUCAGGACUGUGCAGUACCUUCGUAUUGCGAGGCAGAUGCACUAACCCCUCUUCCACCGUGAAGCCCUGAAGUGUUUGAUGUCCAUUAAAUUAUAGAAAGAAAUCCUCAAAAACAUGAGUGAGUGUAGCCAACUAACUUGGUGAAGCAGUUUGAGCGUAUUGGACUGAGUAACGACAGCUAAAGAUGUUAAAAUAUCUAAACAGUGGACAUUGAUCCAUGAAAAAAUGGAACAGCUGCUGAUGGUGUGUUUGACAGAGAAGCAGCUGUAAAAAAAAAAAUACCAUAGAAGUCCAAAAUAAAUUAUGUACAUUAUUAUUUCAUAAAAAUUCUGUUGUACAUUCUAUCCCAGUGGUUCUAAACCUUUUUUCAGUGACGUACCCCCAGUGAACCUUUUUUUAAUUCAAGUACCCCCUAAUCAGAGCAAAGCAUUUUUGGUUGAAAAAAAGAAAGAGAUAAAGAAGUAAAAUACAGCACUAUGUCAUCACUUUCUGAUUUAUGAAAUUGUAUAACAGUGCAAAAAUAUUGCUCAUUUGUAGUGGUUUUCUGGAACUAUUUGGGAAAAAAAAAGAUAUGAAAAUAACUAAAAACUUGUUGAAAAAUAAACAAGUGAUUCAAUUAUAAAUAAAGAUUUCUACACAUAGACAUAAUCAUCAACUUAAAGUGCCCUCUUUGGGGAUUGUAAUAGAGAUCCAUCUGGAUUCAUCAACUUCAUUCUAAACAUUUCUUCACAAAAAAAGAAAUCUUUAACAUCAAUAUUUAUGGAACAUGUCCACAAAAAAUCUAGCUGUCAACACUGAAUAUUGCAUUGUUUAAUUUAUUUUCACAGUUUAUGAACUUACAUUCAUAUUUUGUUGAAGUAUUGUUCAAUAAAUACAUUUAUAAAGGAUUUUUGAAAUGUUGCUAUUUUUAGAAUAUUUAAAAAAAAUCUCACGUACCCCUUGGCAUACCUUCAAGUACCCCCAGGGGUACGCUUCCCCCCAUUUGAGAACCACUGUUCUAUCCUAUUGUUUUUAUACAAUAUUUUUAUCCAAAAGUUAGUUUUUCUUAAAAUUGUGCGCCAAUUAAAUUGAUUUCAAUUCAUUUCAAUGGGAGACAUUGAUUUGAGAUACACGUGUUUUGAUUUACGAGCUCCGUCAACAGAACCAAUUAAGCUCGUAAGUUAAAGCACAUCUGUACAUAGAAAUCUUAACAUAUGUUGAAGUUGCAGUAGAAAUCCUGGCAGCUAAUGUUUAAAACACCAACUAUGUCCUUUAUUUCUUCCCUUCACCAAAACCUCCACUGAUCUUCAGACACUAACCACAACGCUAACCAAAACCUCAAGACCUAAGAAAACCCUAUGCCAGGGGUCGGCAACCCAAAAUGAUGAAAGAGCCAUAUUGAACCAAAAAUAAAAAUCUGUCUGGAGUCGCAAAAAAUGUAAAGCCUUAAAUAAGUACUAUGAUGAGGGCAACACAUGAUGUAAGUAUCAAAAUGACAAUGUGUCGCAGGCUGACGCAAAUCUUCAUUGACAGAAAUGUUGAAAUAUAAUAUUUAUUCUUCACAUUUUUACAACAUUGGAAAACAUUACUGAAACGGAGGCUUUUCAGAGGGUGUGAUAACUCCUGGAAAUGACUGGCUUAGAAUGGCCAAAGGUAAAGAUAGUAGAAGCAUUUAAGUCUCACCUUAAAACUCAUCUGUAUACUCUAGCCUUUAAAUAGACCUCCUUUUUAGACCAGUUGAUCUGCCGCUUCUUUUCUUUUUCCUAUGUCCCCCCCUCCCUUGUGGAGGGGGUCCGGUCCGAUGACCAUGGAUGAAGUACUGGCUGUCCAGAGUCGAGACCCAGGAUGGACCGCUCGUCGGGACCCAGGAUGGACCGCUCGUCGGGACCCAGGAUGGACCGCUCGCCUGUAUCGGUUGGGGACAUCUCUACGCUGCUGAUCCGCUUGAGAUGGUUUCCUGUGGACGGGACUCUCGCUGCUGUCUUGGAGCCACUAUGGAUUGAACUUUGACAGUAUCAUGUUAGACCCGCUCGACAUCCAUUGCUUUCGGUCCCCUAGAGGGGGGGGUUGCCCACAUCUGAGGUCCUCUCCAAGGUUUCUCAUAGUCAGCAUUGUCACUGGCGUCCCACUGGAUGUGAAUUCUCCCUGCCCACUGGGUGUGAGUUUUCCUUGCCCUUUUGUGGGUUCUUCCGAUGAUGUUGUAGUCGUAAUGAUGUGUGCAGUCCUUUGAGACAUUUGUGAUUUGGGGCUAUAUAAAUAAACAUUGAUUGAUUGAUUGAU